UAAUAAUAAUAAUUUAGCGCUAAAUUCUGCAAAUUCUCCUUAAAUUCUUCUCCUCCGAUUCCGCUUCCCAAUUGCUUAGAGUGCAGAGAAGAGGAAGCGAAGAAGAUCUGAGAUCUGGAAAACUCUGCAAAUUGAACAAGAAUGAGAUCUGAUUCGUUAGGCAAUGGCGAUUCAUUUCGAGCUCCUCCAUUGUUCAAGAUCGCUACCUUUGUUUUUGUUGCUGUUACUUUCUUUUACUUUGGGAAGCAUUGGUCUGAUGGUUACCAGCAGCUUAUCUUCUUCACCACUACUACCACUAAACCUCCUUCGGUUUCACUUUCACCAAACUACAACAAGCAUUUCAAUAUCUCUAAUCUGAUUGAUCACAAUGAUACUCAGACGCUUCCUGAUAAGACAUUGAAUCUCGACCCAACUCCAUCGCCCUUGCUCGCUACGAAUCCUCCCCCUCCGCCGUCUGAUUCGGUGCAGAAAUUUGGAAUUGUGGACGAGAAUGGAACUAUGUCCGAUCAAUUUGAGGUAGGGGAUUUCGAUCCUGAAUAUGUAGAGAAUUGGGGGAAUUCCACUCAGGUUGACAAUGGCGAGGGUGGUUCUCGGAGAUUCCGGAUUAAGAAGUUUGGUCUCUGCCCUCAGAAUAUGAGUGAGUAUAUACCUUGUUUGGAUAAUGCGGACGCAAUUGCAAAGCUCGAGUCAACGGAAAGAGGGGAAAAGUUCGAGAGGCAUUGCCCUGUCGCCGGUGGAGGUUUCGAUUGCCUGAUUCCGCCGCCGAAGGGGUAUCAAACCCCAAUCCCUUGGCCAAGAAGCAGAGACGAGGUUUGGUUCAGCAAUGUUCCUCAUACUCGCCUAGUUGAGGAUAAAGGGGGUCAAAACUGGAUUACCAGAGACAAAGAUAAGUUUAGGUUUCCUGGAGGUGGUACACAGUUUAUACAUGGUGCUGAUGAAUAUUUGGAUCAUAUUUCAAAGAUGAUCCCUGAUAUAGCCUUUGGCCGUCAUACUCGCGUUGUCUUGGAUAUUGGAUGUGGUGUUGCAAGUUUUGGCGCUUAUUUGCUGUCGCGGAAUGUCACUACUAUGUCCAUUGCUCCAAAAGAUGUUCAUGAGAAUCAGAUUCAGUUUGCUCUUGAACGAGGUGUGCCUGCAAUGGUUGCUGCAUUUGCAACUCAUCGUUUAUUGUAUCCCAGUCAAGCUUUUGACUUAAUACAUUGUUCGCGAUGCAGAAUCAACUGGACUCGUGAUGAUGGUAUCUUGCUGCUUGAGGUUAACCGAAUGCUCAGGGCCGGUGGAUACUUUGCAUGGGCAGCACAACCAGUUUAUAAGCAUGAAGAAGUUCUAGAGGAACAGUGGGAAGAGAUGCUCAAUUUGACCAACCGACUAUGUUGGGAGUUUGUGAAAAAAGAUGGAUAUAUAGCAAUUUGGCAGAAGCCAUUAAAUAAUAGUUGUUAUCUAAAUCGUGAGGCAGCAACUAAACCACCACUUUGUGACCAAAAUGACGACCCAGACAGAGUAUGGAAUGUGAAUCUUAAGACAUGCAUCUCUCGUCUUCCAGAAGAUGGUUACGGAGGAAAUAUCACUGUUUGGCCUGCACGGUUGCAUACACCACCUGAUAGGCUUCAGACAAUUCAAUACGAUGCGUACAUUUCCAGAAAUGAGCUCUUUCAGGCAGAAUCUAAAUACUGGAAUGAGAUAAUAGACAGCUAUGUUCGUGCAUUUCAUUGGAAGUCGUUUAGACUAAGAAAUGUAAUGGAUAUGAAAGCUGGAUUUGGAGGAUUUGCAGCAGCGUUGAUCGAUCUUAAACUUGAUUGUUGGGUGUUGAAUGUUGUUCCUGUUAGUGGCCCCAACACCUUGCCUGUUAUUUAUGAUCGUGGACUCAUCGGAGUUAUGCACGAUUGGUGCGAACCAUUUGAUACGUAUCCAAGAACCUACGAUUUAUUGCAUGCAGCUGGUUUGUUCUCAGUUGAAAGGAACAGGUGCAAUAUGUCAACCAUAAUGCUUGAGAUGGAUAGAAUACUGAGGCCGGGUGGACGCGUCUACAUCCGAGACUCCGUUGCAGUCAUGGAUGAGCUUCAGGACAUCGGGAAGGCCAUGGGUUGGCACGUGAAUCUGCGGGAUACAUCAGAAGGUCCUCAUGCUAGUUAUAAGAUAAUGAUGGCAGAUAAGGUCCUUCUAAGAGCAUAAAAAAGCAGUGAAACUGAAAAUGUUUUAGCCCCUAAAUUACUAACCCCAAUUUAAGGCCAGAUUAGCGAAGCAAAGAAAUGGCGACCGUCUGUCUUAAGAAGCAAUAAAAAGAUGUCUACUAAGAGAUCAUCAUCAAUCACAGACAUAGGUACUCUCUAUUAAUACCUCCAUCAUAGCUGACGAUCACAAUAGAUGAUAUAUAUAGUUGAUUCUAUUCUGUUAUAAAUUCUUAGAACUGGCUUCAAAAUGAGAGCCAAAUUUGUUGUAUUGAUUUUUGUCACCCAAUUGUAAACAAUUCACUGUUUGUACUUAAUUGUGCAUUGUUGUGUCCACUGAGAGAGAUGCAUAUUACGAGACGUUUGAUUAACAAAUGAACUUGUAUAAACUAAUUUGGUUUUGGAAAGUGAAGUUUAUUUAUUGCUAUCCUCA